AUAGCCCAUUUAUCAAGGAAGGCUAUAGGCUUACUUUUAUCCCGGUACGGGAAGUAGUUCCCACGGGAUGCGGGUGAAACCGCUGGCAGAAACUAGUGACAAAUAUGUGACAAAACCUGAACCAGUAUUUCACAAAACUGAAGGCGAAAUUGAAAAGAUUACCACCAAUACCACCAUUUCUUCAAACAUGGAUGAUAUAAUAGAACCAGAAAGCCAACUAGUCAGGUACGGCCCACAAGUAGUGGCCGAUAUACGAAAAGAAAAUAAUCUAGAUAAUAUACAAAAUAGAGAGCAAGCUAUAGCUAUUAUAGAUAAAUGGUUGCAGACACAGGAGCAUUUAAUUAAGAAAGAUUAUAAUAAAACCUACAUAGAAAGAUGUAUAGUAACAAGCAAAGGUUCUCUAGAACGGGCGAAGAAACAAAUAGACAAAAUGUGCACGUUUAGAACAUUGAUGCCGAAGUAUUUUGAUACCACCAAUCUCAUGGAGAGCGAGAUAGCCAGAAUGUUGGAUAGAGGUUACUUUGCUCUCGUACCAACACUAACAGAAGAAUACCACAGAGUAGUCAUCGUGAAAGUUAGAGCGGACUCUGAUAUAAGCCAAACAGACUACAAUUUACUGUUUAAAUUCUUUGUGAUUACAGCAGAAUACCUGAAAUCAAAUGACUACUGCAGAGGAUUUACUUUAAUUGGAGAUAUAUUCGACACCAGUGCAGCCGAUGUUUUAUCGAAGCUCAAUUUGGUUGAUUUGCAGCAGUUUAUACCUAUUAUAACGGAAGGCUACGGUACAAAAAUAAAAGGCAUAAUAUUCCUAACCGGUUCCAAGUUUAUUGAUGGCUUCGUGAGGAUUGUGAAGCCGUUCUUCUCAGAGAAGAUAGCUAGCAGGAUCCAUGUGGCUUCUACCAUAGAAGGAUUGAAGGAGUUCCUGCCAGUGGAUAUUCUGCCUGAAGAGUAUGGGGGGAAGGAACAGUCGAUCAAGAUUUUGCAUGCAAAUCUAGUCAAGUGCUUAUCAUCAGAAGCUCACCAGGAACUCCUGAAGGAGAUGCAUCAAGCCCGCACAGACGAGUCGAAGCGACAGCGCGACAAAUUCAACGACCAAUACAUGGGGAUGCCGGGGACCUUUAGGACAUUAUCUUUAGAUUAAAUUGUAUAUAAAUA